CUUAACUCCUAGAUUGCAACCAAAUGAUACUUGAACUCAUCUACUCAACCGUAUGGGCUCGCGUAACGUGCAAACCUCUGAACAUGAGCUACAUUUAUCCGUCGCCGCUGCCAAGCAAAUUUGUGCAGUCAACAGUGAUGUAAGCCUAGUGGUUGUGUUCGGUGUGCGGGAGAAGGCGCCCCGCAAGACGCGAAGGUGGCUUCCAUGCUUCACCGCAAGCGCUCAGGACUCGGGGCGUUAUGAAUAUCAGUUGCUACUCGUCCAUUGUCAAGGAGUCAGCGCGGAGCCUUUCAAUGCAAAGCUGCUUCAACUAAUUCAGACGGAUGAACGGCUGACUUCGGCACUGGAUUUAGCGGCAACCAGCGCAAGAGCUGGCAAGCCAUUCGCCUGCAAUUGCUCUGCUGAUGCGCUGCAGGGUGGGAGUGUGCUGGUUCGCGCUUGCGUUUUUAACGAUGACCAGGAGCAUAGCCAGCCGGCACCAGCGGUGUUACUAAUAUGCGGGGGCGUUCAGUCGCCCGCACACCUCGCGCCAGCGCCAGUGAGGUGGGGCCCUUUCCUCCAAUCGGGCUUGUUCGGCGACCUGCCGCCCACCCCGCUGCGGACCACACCGGACCUGCUGCGCUUCAGCUCUCUGGGGCUGGGGCUGGGGCUGGGGCUGCCCGGCGCCCCGGCCCAGCAGCAGCACCACCACCCCAGUGGCGUUCCCGGCAGCGGUGCGCACGGCGCUCCCAGCCUGCUGCCCACCUCCGUGGUGGACUCGGCCGCCUGCGCCGUGACGGUCGUGUCCUGGUGCAGCGCUAGCGGCCGCUCAGCCAUCAUGUACCAGAACGCCCGGUCCGUGGGGCUGUACGGCAGCCUGGCCAGCCCCGUACUGCGCACACGUGGCCUGGGCGAGCUGUUGCUGAGGCGGCUGCUGGCCAGCUCCGGCGGCGGCUGCAGGGCCGGAGCUGGCGGUGGCGGCGGCGGCGGCGGCGGCUGCAGGACGGGCACGGCGGAUGCCGCUACCAGUGCGGCUGCUGGCGCUGCCUUGGGGACCGCGCCCAGCACCACCACGUAUGACCGGAGCACCGCAGGCGAUGCCUCGGUCGGUGGUGGCGGCGGCGGCGGCAGGCACACGGGCGGCGGCCCGGUGAUGGUGAUGGCGUCAACCGCCGCGGGCGGCCCCGUUGGCUGGGGCGCGGACGUGUGGGGCUCGGGCGACGCAGAGGCUGGGGCGGCGCUGCUGCAGCUGCUGCUGGCGGUUUCGGCAGGGCAGGAGUACGAGUGCCUGGUCCAGGUGGAGCCGGAGGCGCUAGGCACGCAGCUGGCGGCAGCAGCGGCCGGCCUCACCGGCGCCGCCUCGCCGGCACCCGCGCCCUUUCUUUCGGGGGCCGGCCCCAACAUGGCCAGUGCCGCGGGCGCCCUGGCCAGCGGCAGCAGCGGCUCGGCUGCAGCGGGGUCGGGAGCGGCAGCGGCAACAGGCGCAACUGCGCUGGCCCUGGCCCUGCGCUCACGUCCGCAUGGCGGCUCGCGCUGCGGCGCAUCAGCGGCGGUGGACGCGGCGGCAGCGGCGCUAGCGGCAGCGCCUGUGUCGUGGGCGGGAGAAGCUGCGCCCGGGGCAGAUGGUGAUGGCCGCGGGGAGGCGGAGAGGUAUCCCGAGCUCGACACUAUAGACGCGGCGCUUCUGGAGGCGUUGUUGGGCACUCCAGCACCCGCGCCUGCGACAGGAGCGCGCGCGGGCGGCAGGAAUGCCGCUGACGCGGCUGCCACCGGCACCGGAAUGAGCGCAGCUGAUCAGCAUGAUCACCCGCACCAACAGCCGUACCGCCGUCAUCAGCAGGGCCAGGGGCAGCCCAUCAGCGCUUCCGGCCGCCGCGCUUUCACCCACGACGUGCGCCGCCCGCGCAAUGACCCGCUGUCUGACGAGUCAGGGGCCUUCGCGUCGGCAGCUGGGGCAGAGCAUUCAGAAGCGUCGGCUAUUCUCGACUCCAGCCCCUUCAUCGCAGUGCCGACACCCGCGCAGACGCCCCGGCCUCAUGCUCCAACAGCCGGCGAGGUGGUGACGGCGGCGUGCGCGCCUGCCGCGCCCACCGCUGCGGCACAUGACGGUGGCGGAGGCGGCGCGGGAGCGCAUGCAGCGCUGCUUGGCAACUUCGCUGCUCCCCAAACCUCUGCCGCUGAUGAUGCCAGUACCGCCACCGCCGCCGCCGCGGCGGCAGCAGCAGCAGCAGAGGCAGCUGCUGUGGAGCAGUGGACGGUGUGCGCCCGCGGCGGCGGAGGCGGCGGAGGCGAGGGGUUCGGCUGGCGCCGCAGCCGCACGUCCCUGCCGGCGACGCCGCGCGCCCACCCCGCUGUAGCGGCGCAGCUGGUGGGCUCGGGCGUCUCGCUCCACACAGCCCAGGCCGCAAUAGCGGAGGCCGGCUUGCUUCCGUGGCGCUCGCAGUACACUCCAUCAGCGGGCGUAGGCCCUCUGGAGGCGCACCCUAUCGCGGCAUCAGCGGCAGUGACCACCGCGCUCAGGCCCCCCACCACUACGCCCAACCCCACGCAGCCCAGCCAGUCCCUGCCCGCGAGCCAGUCCACACGCGGCCUCAUCACCAUGUCGCCUUACACAACCGGACCCGCUGGAAUGAGUCCCGCUGACCUGUCGGGGCCGUUUGCGAUGCCGCCGCCGCCGCUGGUGUCGCCGGCGGCGUCGCGGCCGCUGCCGCCGCUCGGGAUUGCCUCGACCGUGUCAGGCAGCGGCGGCGGCGGCGCCUCAUACCACUCUGGACUGCUGGCGUGCCUGACGCCGCUGCACCGCGGCGGCUCGCGGCCGCAAACACUCGUCAUGUCUCAGCUGGUGCAGGCCGGUGCGGCGGCGGCGGCGCAGCGGAGGCACAGCAUCGGCGGCGCCGCGCUGCGUCGCAGCCUCAGCGCCAGCGGCCGCCUUGAUGCGGAGGGCGCUGCAGCGAUGGCGGCAGCGGUCGCCGCUGGCGCACAGGCGGCUGGCGGAAUUGGGAUGUCUGGCGCAGGCAUGCGUGCAGGGGCGCAGGUGGGGACCACCGCGGUGGCCUUGUGUGCGGGUGCGCAGCGCCUUUCCUUCAACCCUCCGCGGCACCAGUCAGCUAUGGGCUACUCGGCAUCGCAAGGGCCAGCCGCCACCGGCACAGCCGCGGCCGUCAAACGGGCUAUCUUGUACGGCGGUGGCACUGGCGCUGCCGGCACAGCAGCCGCUGCGGCCGCUGCUAUCACCGCUGCCAGGUCCGCCGCUGGCUUCUCCGACCUCUGGCCGGCGGCUGCAGGUCCCAGCAGUGACGGGAGCCUGUCCUCAGCCCCCAUGAGCUCUCAGCCUCCGGCCCUGCUGAACGCCGUGGGUUCCUUUGGCCGCUCGCGACUGGGCCCCGGGCCCGCCGGCAGCGGCCGCAGCUUCUUGGGCAGUCACCCCGGCACGUUCAUGCCCGCCGCCGGCCGAUCCACCAGCAGCGGUGGCGUGACGCCGGCUUACGCCGCCGCGGCGGCGGCGGCCGCCGCCGCCUCCUAUUCUGUGGACCAGGCAGGUACGGUGGGCCCGGCACUGUCGCCGCUCUUCACCAUUACGGAUGAGGCGGUUGUCGAGUACGGCUCAGAUGACGUACGGCUUGACGGCGGCUCGACACGCGCCGCCACACUCGACGGCAACCUCCACGGCACCGGCAACGCGGGCAGUCAUGCGCCGAGCGCCGUCAGCGCAAGCACCCGACGCAGCGUCGGCAGCUUCGCGCUGCUGUCGGAGCACCGUGGCGCUGGCGGGGGCAGCGGCACAGCAGGCAGUUGCGCGGUGCUGUCGCCGCCUGCGGUGGGGCGGCGGGCCCGCGGCGGCGGCGGCGGAGGCCGCGGCAGAGCUGCGUUGCUGCAUUCCUCAGCGGAGGAGAUGGAGGGACUGGUGCUGGUGGGCGGUGUGGAGGGUGACGAGGGUGACGAUGACGAAGACGCGGACGCGGACGGUACUCGUCGCGCCAACAGCCGAAACGCACAGCGGCCGCAGCAGGCACAACAGGGCGCGGCGGCGGCUGCGGCGGGCAGCUGCGGCCGGCAUGGCAGCAACACCGGCAGCGGCGCGCUUCGGGACGGUGCGAACGGCUCUGGGGGCAGCUCGGAACCGGCGGAGGCCACCCUGGCAGGGAGCGCUGGCGAGUUCGAGGAGCCGGUCACGCCGCGGUCUGCCUACGAUGCCUCUGCUGGCGCCAUGGAGUCGGCGUCGGUGCCUAUCACGCCCAUCCCGCAUUCCGGCCUGCGGCCCCGCGCUGGCCCUUCCGAGGCUCCCCAGCAGCUGACUGCCGCCGCCGCCGCCUCGGCUUGGCCCCCAGGCGACGCCGCGGAGGCCUCGGGAGCUGUGCAAGCCGAAGACGCUGCUGGCGACGGGUGUGUGCGCCCGAACCUGCUGUUCCCAUGGACCCUCCCUCCCCAACCCUCCGACACUGCUACCUCCGCAAAUGCCGCUGUCGCCAGUCCCGCAGCCGCCGUCCCCAAACCGGUAAACACAGUCGCAGCCGCCGCGGCUGCGGCCGCCUUGAGGGGCAACAGCGGCGAGGCGUCGCUGGGCGUGUCGCCGGCGGCGCCGCCCGCCCUUGCGCUGGACACCCUCCUCAGCGAGGAUUCGCUGGGGGCGCUGGGGCGCUUUGCAACCGGUGUGCUUUCCCCUCGGGAGCUGCCGUCGCUGCAGCACACACCGGCGGAGGCGCUGGAGCCGCCACAGCAGCAGCCGGGUGCGUCGCCAUCCAUGCCUGCGCCUGCGGCGGCGGCAGUGGCGAGGAUGGGCAGAGCCACGAGUGACGGCCAGCAGGUGUUGCAGCAGGUGCCGAGCGGCGGCGUGCCUCGCACUAGCCGCACCAGCACCGCCGCCUCCAUCAUGCGCGGGCGGCCGUCGCUGCAGCUGAGUAGCUCCUACCACCAGCAUGGCUCCCCCAGCAUUGCCUUGCAGACAAGAUCUACGCUGCCUCCAUGCCAACAGCCUGACCCGCAGCAGGCUUUGGACCAGCAGCAGCAGCAGCAACAGCAGCUGGUGCAGCUGCAGUCCACGCCACUGCACAAGCUGGGAGGCAUUGCUGGCAGUGCUGGCAGCGGCAUCGGUCGUGUGCGUGGCGCGGGGCUGAAGCGCAACACAACACGCGACCGAGUGCAAAUGCUCUUCACCAACAUCCGACAUCAGGAGCAGCAGCUGCUGCAAGGGGCACCGGGCCACGGCCCCGCGCACGUGCUCUCUCCGCUUGGCAUUUCCGCGGCGUUUUCGUCGGUCGUGGCGGACGCAACAGUUGGGACUGCCGAUGGCCGCAGCAGCGCCGCACAGCAGCCCUGGUCCCCCGGCCGCGGCAGCCACGCGGCCACGAGCAUGGGCAUUAUUGCAGGCGAGGGCCGCGUCACGUCCUUCAGGCACAGCUGCGGCGGCAUGAUGGGGUACCUACAAGCCGGCGGCCUGCCGCAGCAGCUUGCUGUUGGUGCCGGCGGCGUUGGCGGUGGCUGCCGUAGCAUGACCAGGUCGGGUGCGGGCGUGGAGGGUGCCGUGGCGGAAGCCGCGGCCGCCCAAGCGGCCUUGGGAGCUGCGCCGGCGGCUGAGUUUUCGGUGCCCGGUGCUGCGGAGCUGAUGCUGGCGGCCGGCGGCGGCGCGGGCGGCGCAAUGGACGUGAGCGGCGCGCUGCCUACCGUACACAGCAUCACCAGCAACGGUAGCGGCCGGAAGUGGCACACCGCGGGGACCGCAGCAAGCCUUGCUAGUCCCGAGGGGCCGGUCGCGAAUGUUGCAAGCGUCGCCAGUGUGGCCCACGCGCCGUUCGCGGCCCCGCCAGCAGCCGGAACGGCUCGGCCGUCGUUCUCAAAGCACGCCGCGGCCCCCGCAGCUGCGGCGCCCGCCGCGCCGCGCCGGCAGCGCUGGCACCGGAUGCAUGCGGUGCUGUGCGACACCGGGCAGCACGAGCGCCUGCACCGCACGGCACCUGGCCAGCAGCAGGCGCCCGGCGACGAGGCGGCGCAAGCUGUGGAGCAGCAAGCGGAGAAGGCGGCUGGCGCGGGCACCGUCAUGUUCGUCACGAUCACGCAGAUCGACGUGACGGAGCAGGUGGAGGCGCAGGCGCAGCUGGCCAAGCUGUUGGAGCAGGAGCACAAGGUGCUGGAGGGCAUCUACCCGCGCCAUGUGAUCGAGUACUACAGCGCCGGCGGCGGCAAGCUGAUUGGCUCUGGCGCGGCGGCCUCGGGCCCUCAAGGCGGCGGUGCCAACGUGGAGCGCAUGGCCUCGCUGGCCACGUGGCACGAGGGCGUCACCAUCCUGUUUGCGGACAUUGUCGGCUUCACGGCCAUGUGCCACCAUCCGACCACCACGCCUCUGACGGUCAUGGCCUUCCUGAACCAGCUGUACAGCCGUUUCGACGCGAUGAUUGACAUCUACAAGGUGUACAAGGUGGAGACCAUUGGUGACUGCUACAUGGUGGCGGGCGGGCUCGUCGCUUACGAUGACGACGGCUACAAGUCCGUCAUCUCGGGUGGCGAGGACCCGCUGCAUGCCGUGCGCGUGAUGGAGUUUGCAAAGGCCAUGAUGCGUGCCGCAAGGGAUGUGCGGAUGCCCCAUACCGGUGAGCCGGUGCAGAUGCGCAUUGGCCUGCACAGCGGCCCCGUGACCAGCGGCGUCGUGGGCGACCGCAUGCCCCGCUUCUGCCUGUUCGGCGACACCGUCAACACCGCGAGCCGCAUGGAGUCCACGUGCCGCCCAGGCAGCAUCCACGUCUCUGCGCCCACCCAGGCGCGGCUGCCGAACGAGCCGUGGCGCGACCGCGGCAUGACGGAGGUGAAGGGCAAGGGGCAGCUGCAGACAUACGAGUGGGCCGGGGACGUGGAUGCGCCCUAUGACGGCAACCAGCUGCAGCGUGUGAUUGGAUUGUAUCUGUAAGAAAACACCUGAGAAUGCAACUAACGAUCUUCUUGUUACGGUACAUUUUUGCCACUUAGUAUCCGAAAGCUACGGGUUGAGGUGGUGCCGGGGUGGCCAUGAACUGUGAUCCUUACUGAAGCAAUCAAUGCAUUUUUGUCGUUGUUGCUGAGGGCAAAAGCCGCCAACACGCUCAGCAGGGAGUGGCAAAGGGCGCAUGACUGUGUGGGGAAUAGGGUGGCAGCAUUGUGGUGGACUAGCCAUCCGUCUUUCAGUUGAUAGCUGUUGGGGCUGUGACCAAGCCUGACAUGGGCGGAUGCAGAAGGCUGCAAUAUGAUGGAAUGCGGCUCAAGGCGAGUUGUUGAGAAGCUGUUUGCCAUUUUCCAGCGGGCAACGCUAUGCGGUGUUCUUAUAAUGACGCGGAAGAUUUGUCUGGGGUCAUAGGGAGACAGUGGAGGCGUUGCAAGAGGGCUCCGCUGGCCGGGUGUCCCUUAGCCGUACAUGGCGAUGAAUAGACAGUAAUAUUAUGUUGUUGUACAUCUUUGCAAUAGUGUGCAACGGAGGCAAGGAGAGUACAGUAUCGGACCGUAGGCGGGAGUCCAACAAGCUGCUGGGAUCUGGAUGACAUGGCCGCAUGUUGCACAUCUCACGACGGCCCACAGGCGGCUCGUAUUGCACAGCACAUGGCCUGGUAUGGUUACGGUUCUGGGCUACUGCCGUGGAAGUCAUCCAUAAUUGUUUGGGGGUGGGAUAACCCAACAUACUUACGUGCUGACCAGGGAGCGGUUUAAUAAUGACACAUUCGGCAUGUGCGCCGAUUGUAUGUUGGGGGCCGUGGGGAUGCUCAUUACGUGGACUUGACAGCAGCGUGGGAUAGCAAAUUAGCAGUGAUGCGCGCGUCUUUCGACAGAGUUGUGCCUGGGGGAGAGUUCUGCCAGUUUGAAAGGCGCGGUGCCGUAUAUUAGCUUUCGAUGCCCUUCGUGCUAGCCAAUGAGGACGAUAGUUGUGCGCACCAUAACGCCUGCAUGGCGAGCCUCAUGAGUCAUGAUAGGUGCUUUGAGUGAUCAUUCUUCUCUAUGCUUGGCGAUGUGACACGCCGGGCUGACGUGAUCCCUACAUAGUCAACACUCGACUUGGCCUGUGGUCGCAAAGCACAUGUGGUGCAUCAGGGGUGCAUGAACCUCAGGGCCACAAAAUGUUGGCUCCGGUCGGGUAGGGGGCUCCAGGCACGGGCUCCGGAGCGGUGAAUCUAAGAGGCCACCACGCCUGUGCGGCUGUGCCUGUGCCCACGCAAUUUUUAUACCU